GAUGACUGCCAAGCAGAACCUUGUCAAAACAAUGGAACCUGUACAGACCUGGUCAACGACUACCAAUGUGUUUGUAUUGCAGGAUUCAAUGGGACAAAUUGUGAAAACAAUAUUGACGAGUGUUCCCAAGGUCCCUGUCAAAACAACGGAUCUUGUACAGACCUGGUCAACGACUACUAUUGCGAUUGUGUUCCUGGAUUCAACGGAACAAAUUGUGAAAACAUGAUCAAUGAGUGCUUGCCAGGUAUUUGUCUAAACAACGGAACUUGUACAGACCUUGUGAAUGACUACCAGUGCGACUGCGUUUCUGGAUUUAAUGGAACAAAUUGUGAAAAUAAUAUUGAUGACUGCUCACCGGAUCCCUGUCAAAACAACGGAACCUGUACAGACCUGGUCAACGACUACCACUGCGAUUGUGUUCCUGGAUUUAAUGGGACAAACUGUGAAACUUGA